AUCUGCUGUCAUCCAUAUGUCAAAUUUUUAUUGUGGUGAUACUUUAUCUUGUAUUUUACACAUUUGGCAAUUUUCAUUUCAUCUUUUACAUGAAAUAAAAUUAUUUUAAAAUUAUGUAUUCAUUGUAAAAGUAGCAGUGACCGUGUGCGUGUGUGAUUAUUAACAAAAACGACUAAAUUUCCAAACAUUAUUGUGACAAUAAAAUGCCUUUUGGUAAAGUCAAGAAGCAAUAUUUAGCAAUCGCGAUGUUGAUUUUUGUACUUCUGUUUUUCUUCAAUUCUAAACCCGCUUUUCAAUGCCUGUCGCCGGAGAUCCAGGUGUCUUCUUACCUUCCGACAAUAUAUGCUAUUACUCCGACCUACACUCGAUUAGCACAAAAAGCUGAUCUAACCAGGUUAUCGCAAACCUUAAUGCAUGUUAAGAAUUUCCACUGGAUUAUUGUGGAAGACUCUGAAAAGAAGACUGACUUGGUGGCAAACUUUCUCAAAGAGUCAGGACUUAAUUACACACAUUUGAAUGUUAAGACUCAAGCCUCGAAGCACUCAUCGGUUCUGGAUAUCAAUAUCUGUUUAUUCAAGACCUACAAAAUCAACUCCACUUGGUAUUGUGCGAGUGGCGUAGAACAACGAAACUUAGCUCUAAAAUGGCUGCGAGAUCAUCUGAAGAAGCUACACGACAAACGAGGCGUCAUCUACUUCAUGGAUGAUGACAACACUUAUGCUCUGAAAGUAUUUGACGAGAUGCGCAAAAUCAACAAGGUUGGCACGUGGCCGGUGGGCAUAGUCGGCGGUAUGCGGGUGGAAAUGCCUCUUGUGACGGACGGCAAAAUCACAGGGUUCAACGCCGUGUGGAAACCGUUCCGACCGUUCCCCAUCGACAUGGCCGGCUUUGCGAUCAAUUCCACAUUGCUCUUGGAGCAACCCGACGCUAAAUUCUCUAGGAAAGUGCAGUCUGGAUAUCAGGAAAGCGAAAUUCUCAAGUACUUCACUAAAAAAGAAGACCUUGAGCCGCUCGCCGAUAACUGCACCAAAGUGUAUGUCUGGCACACACGCACGCAAAAACCCUCCAUCAUCACGCCUAAGAAGUGGCAAACACCAGUAUUCGACUCCCAUAUUGAAGUUUGAUUCAACAAGAUUUCUAAACGGUUGUCAAAAUGCGAAUUAUUCGCCCAAUCAACGUGAGCAAAUUUCAAGUGUUCCAUUUUCAAAUUUUAAAAUCGAAUACUAAAAUGGCGACACGUUGAGUCUGCGCAGGAGUCUUCGCUAAAAUUACAGUGAAGAGGCGCCAGGCUUUUAUAUUUGUAUAAAAUUUUAAAAAUGGGUUAAAAAAAUUUUAGUUCAAUUUCCACAGAAUCCCUUGUUCGAAACUGAUAACUAUUAAUAGGCACAUGGACCUCUUAAUGUGUUUGAGAUAUAUUAAGAGAUCCUUGAUUAUAAUUCCACGCUCGGCUUCAAAACCGAAAAUCCCGCCGAAAAGAUUGCAUUCUUUUAGCAUAGUGUACUAUUCUGGUAAUAACGCAGGCUCACGAUGUCGUUUGCCCGUGGUUUCUACAAGUUACAGGGUGUUAUUGUAUCGCGAGAAGAAAUGUGAGUAUUAGUAGUCAUUUAAAUUAUUGAUAGUCGGUUACAUUUUUAUCAAUAUAUUUUAACUAAUAGCGAAAUAUUUAAAAAAUGCACAGGAGACUAUGCUACACUGGAUAUUAGAUAAAAAAAAUUACCCACAAAAUGUAUUUGAAAAAUAUUUUUAUUUGUGUCACAUAAAUUGCCACAAAAAAUAAAAGCACCAAGUAUUGUUACAUGAAUAAAAUGUCACGCAAAUUUCGCUUAAAAAUAAAAGUUGGCAAAAGUAUUUUGUUCGAUAGUAUUAUAGUUUUUAUUAAACUAAAUGGUGGAUUUUGGUGGCCACCGUUUUUAGUAAAUUGUGGUAUCUGUGCCCAAUACAAAAAAAUAAAUUGCAUACUCAUUUAUUCACCAAAAUUUGUGAUUGUUGUUUUUCAUAAUAUAUAUCAGAGAUCUUAAAAGCUAAAAUAAUUUUAAUUUAAUGAAAUCAGAUAUCUAUUAUAGCAUAAUUUAUUACCACCCUUUAAUUUUUCCCUAUUAAAUAAAAUAAAUUGAUAAAAAUGGCGACGCUAUCGUGAGGGUUGGUCCAGUCUUAAUAUACUGUCACAAUUACUCUGCCUACACCCAAGUUUGUAAUUCACGUAGUUAGUUUCGAUGAAUAAAUUGAUACGAACAUUCAUAUUGCUAAAUGAUAACUUUUGUACAAGUUACGUAACUAUAGACAUAUUGAAUAGUAUAAUAAAUUCACCAGUGUAGCUAAAUAGGGUAUUCAUAUGUGAUAGUUGACGUAACAUUGUUUGAAUAAGCAAAAAUUUUCACAUUUAUUGCAAAAAAAAUGUUUUCAGGGUUGAUGUAUGUAUUAUUGUGAGUUUCUUUAUUCCGCCGUAAUUAAACACCUUGUUAGGUAACGAUGUGUGAGGUAUAUUUAAAUUCCAUACAUUAUACAUGUAUGUGACUUGAUAAAUCUAACAAAUACAAUGUAUAUCUCGCCAUUUAUUUGUCAGAUUUAUUGCCAUUUAAUGAAAUUAAAAAUAUAUAUAUCGUCACUCAAAUAUUCAUAUGCUAGUUAUGUUUAACCGUACAUCCAUAUUUAUUACGUGUUUUUUUUUUAUUUUUGUAAAAUUUUUGGCAUUUAUUUUAAUUGGAAUUUGUAAUGAUUUUAUUUUGAAACUAUCAAAAUUCGUUAUACGAAACUAAACUGAAUAGAAGACAGCAGCCGUGUAAUUUUAUUUUUUGUAAAAUUAUUGGCAGUUUAUAGUUAAUUGGGAUUUGAAUUGCUUUUAUUUUGUAACUCAAUUUAAAAACUUUAGUAUAAUUUAGUGGUGGUUACAAGAUCCCACUCAUUACAAUCUGAUUUAAGAAUUUUUAUCUUUUGAUGUCAUAGUUUUACAUUUUUUACACGAAAAUUAUAUUAUUCGAUUUUUUGAUUGAAAAUCUGACAUUACUCGUUAUUUACGUUUGAAAAAUAUGGAAAGUAUUGUACCUUUAAGAGAACAACUUAUUUAGGAUAUUAUAAUAGAUUUUUCAGCACUUUUGUAACGUCUUGCAAUUAUGGACAAAAUAUUUUUUAAUUAAUUUUAAAUAAUGCUAGUUAGUGAUUUGUUUAUAUGUCCGAAUAGUGACUCCUGUAUAAAUAAUAUUAUUUAUUUCUAGUUUUACGCUAGUCUAAAAAAAAGCCUAAAAGUAAUAUAUACAAUUAAUUAUUUCAAUUAUUUAUUUUCAUGAUUUAUUAAAUUUAAUGUAAAUUAUCAUAAUAACUCUUUUUAAGUGUAUUUACAUUUUUUUUAAGUGUGUCUACAUAUUAUUUUGUAGCAUAUUUUAUUCUGUAGCUAUAAAAAGGGCAGCAGUUUUUGUCCUAUAUAUUUAAAUUAAGGAGGACAUUUUAAGGAGUUAAUUAUUAUGAAUUCCGAAUUACUUUUAUUUGACUUAAUAUUAAAUGGAAAUGCUCAGUCGAAAGAAUUGAGUGUGUGUGUGAAAGAUUGAAUUAUAUUGUUCUGUAUGAUUUCAUAUUUGUCUAUUUUGAACGUCACUUAAAAUGGACAAAUAGAUCUACCCCGUUGUUUAGGUAUUUAAAAAGACGUAAGCGAUAUACGGUUAAAGAUUUAUUUAUUUCUCAAAAAGAAUAAUUACAUUUCAUUCACUUACAGAGAAAUAAUAAUACUAACUACUUACAGUAAUUAAUGUGACGGCGAGCUAAGUACAUAUACGUAUAUAAGUCGCAAGUUAACAAUAAAAGAUAUGGACAUAAGUUUCGAAAAUAAAACAAAAAUUACAAGCCAUUUUAUAAGUAGGGUAGAUUGCCGUAGUAAGUAAUACCGGCAACCGGUACGCAGCGCAGGAGUGAGGGUACUUCACGCGUUUACGCUGCUGAUGUUUAUUAAGGUUGCGAUCAUAGACGCAGGCGAUUAGCGGAUAAGUAGCGAGUUAAUAGUAGAAUGUAUAUUUGGUUGUUACUACUAUUUUAUUAUUUGUGAAAUUAAUAUAAAUGUUUAUAGUGUUAUGUUAUAUAUUUGACUUUAUUUAAUUAAGUAUUUUUAUUUUUCUUCAUUUAUCUAAAUAAAGUACGUUUAUUUAUUACAAUAUUGUUUUUAAAUAUACCUUUAUUCAAUUUAUUUAAUUUUGAUUUUCCAAGAUAUAUGAUUUUAAUUUUCUUUUAAAAGUACCUAGUGAAUUUGCUUCUUUUAUUUCUAUAGGCAGUUGGUUAUACAUUCUCACACCUUCAAACUGGAUGUUUUUUGAACCAAAUUUUGUCCUCGGGGCGCGAGAUACCAAAUGAUUUGCAUUACGCAAUUUCAUUCUUUGGGUUUGGCUUUUUUUUUGGAAUGUUAGAACAGUAUGUAUUUUAUUAUUAAGAAUUUUAUAGAUUAACGUGCAUGUGUAGUACUUAUAUGUCUGGUUUAUGUUCAUUAUUUUAGUGUCUGUAUAUAUUUUUAUGGUUGGCGUAUUAUAAUCAUAGUUAAAAAGUGUUUUAAUAAAUUUAUUUUGUGCUCUUUGUAGUGGUUCUAAAUUAGAUUUUGCGGCUGUACCCCAGAUUUCUAUUAGGUAAUCUAUGUGUGGUUUUAUUAAUGAAUUAUAUAUAAUGUAUUUGAUUUUACGUGGAAGACAGUUCGAAGCCGCACGAACGGCACCUGACAAGGAUGUCAAUUUAGUCUUAAUUUUAUGUAUAUGUUGUUUAAAAUCGAGGUAAUGGUCCAAGAUAAUGCCAAGAUAUUUUUCGCUAGAUUUUUGUUUUAGUUCAUCAUUAUCUAUUUUAAGUUUUAUUAUAUCGUCGAGAUUUUUGUUUUUUGCAGCAAAUAUAACGAAAUUAGUUUUUUCAGUAUUAAUAGUGAGGAGAUUCGACAAAAACCAAUCGUUUAAUUUGUUAAGAUCUCUUUGUGCUUUUAAUUUUAAAGUUUUACAUGAGUGGCCAUAAUAAAAUAAGCAAGUGUCGUCUGCAUAAAGAGAUAUGUCAGCCUUAAGGCCCAAAUUUUUUAUGUCAUUGACAUAAAUUAGAAAUAAAAGAGGCCCCAAAAUGGAGCCUUGAGGAAUGCCGAAAGUCAUUAAAGUUGGGGUACUUUGAUGUUGUCCUAUUUUCACUAUCUGCCUACGGUUUUGGAAGUAUGAUUUGAAUAUGUCGUGUGCCUUACCAGUGAUACCGAGAUUUGACAAUUUGGCAAGAAGUAGUUUGUGGCUGAUUGUAUCGAACGCUUUCUUGAGAUCUAUGAAUACACCGAGUACUAUUUGUUUUUCAUCGAUUUUAUUUUUUAUUUUAGUCACAAGGUCUAUUGUUGCUGAAAGUGUGUUUGAUUUUGGCCUAAACCCGUAUUGUUUGUUGUACAAAAAAUCUUUUGAUUUUAAGUAUUUCUCUAUUCGAGAGUAGAUCACUCUUUCAAAAAUCUUAGAAAUGACUGGUAAGACUGAAAUUGGACGGUAAUUGCACGGAUCUGAUUUAUUACCGUUCUUAAAAAUUGGUGUUACUUUGGCAAUUUUUAGAGACUGCGGGAAGACUCCCAUUUUUAAACAAUUGUUUAUACUAUUGGUGAGCGGGAUGGCAAUUAUGUUUUUAAUGCAUUUGAUCAUUUUGGUGCUGAUACCAUCUAUGCCUGAACUAGUAUUUGGGUCUAAGUCAUUAAUUAUUUGAAUAAUUUCGUCCACGGUUGCCGGCACAAAACUUGUUAGCUCAGUCGCUUUAACUAUGUUCGGUGAUUGUGUAUCGUUUCGGUCAACUUUUUGGUAUUUGUUUGGGAUUUUGCUUGUAAGUGUUGAGCCUACAGUAGAAAAAUAACUAUUGAAACUCUCGCAAAUUUCUUGCAUAUCCGUUAUUAUUUUCGAGUUCAGGAUGACUUUGUCCGGUACUGCUGUAUGUUUGAUGUUGUUACUAGCUAAUUCAUGAAUGGCUUUCCACAUUUUUUUAGGCUUGCUCAUGUGAUUUUUAAAGAACUUGAAGUAGUAUGUUUUUUUGGUUGUUUGAAUUUUCUUAUAUACUCUGGCUCUAGCUUCUUUAAAUUCCUGUUCUAGUUUUAUGUCUUCUUUAUUUGUUUUGUAUCUAUGCCAAAUUUCAUUUCGUUUGUCGAUGUCUUGAAUAAUAUCAUUUGUAAUCCAGUCUUGACGUGGUGGGUUUAGGUACUUAGAUUUAGUGACUUUACUUGUAGAUAGACAUUUUAGAAUACUUUCUUCCAACAUUUCAUAUGCGCUUUCGUCUUUCCUUAUAUUGUGUUCUGCUGAGUCGUGUAACUUUUUAUAGUUUACUGCUGUGUAAUAAAUUUUUUGAACAGGUUUACUAUAGUGGUUUUCAACUUCUAAGUAUAUUUGUCGAUGGUCGGACAUCGAUGAUUCAAUAAGACUAAAAUUAGAAUUGUUGUCUUUUAAGUUAGUGCAUACAUGAUCAAUAAUCGUGUUUGUGGAUUCUGUUACACGCGUGGAGUACUUCCGGUGGACUUUGUUUAUUAUCGUAAAGUUGUUCUCUUUUAAAAUAUCUUUAUAUUUUCGAGUUUCCUUGUCAGGUACCAGUAAGUCAAAAUUGUAGUCCCCAAAAACCAAAGCUCUUUUCCUUUUUUCCAGUUGUUGUGAAUAUAGUUCAAGGAAGUUGUCAACGUUCUUCUUGUUGGGGUUGUAUAUAGCACCGAUGUCCAGAGACUGCUUUUCAAGAUGUAUCCAAAGGUAGUGGUUGUUGUCAGCUAUACAAUGGUCUUCAAUCAUCCUGUGCUUUAAGUUGUUGUGAACAAAGAUUGAAACACCGCCUCCUUUGCGAUUUUGUCUGAAAUUGUUGUAGUGGGUGUAGCAUGGAAUGUUGAGUUUUUGGACGUCGGUUUCAUUUUUUAUCCAUGUUUCAGUCACAACAAUUAUAUGCGGUUCUAUCUGGGCAGCUAUGCAUUUAAGUUCAUCCAGUCCAUCCGUCGAUAUAGAUAUGUUUUAUACUAAAACAUUCACUUUUAAAAUUAAAAUCUUUGCACAUUACAAAUUAAUGUAAUUAUUUAUCAAUGAAUUACAUUAUUAAUGUGUAAUGUGCAAUAUGGUUUUUAAAGUGUAUAUUUCAAUAAAAAGAAAUUUCAAAAUUGUGUACCAACUUUUAUGUACCAAAACCAACGCAUUUAUAGAUUGUGUGUCGGUACUCGGUCCUUAGAAUUUAAGCUCUCUGAAUUUUAAAUUUUAUCCGCUGAAAUUGUAUGGUUAUUGAUAAAUAUUUAUUACUUGGCUGUUUGUCUGUAGACAUACGAGCCAACUUUUUUUAAAACGUUAAAAAUGAUGUUUCCCAUAAAAACAUCUCCAUUUUAAGUCAGUCUAUACCUUAAACUAUAAAACGAGUUGACCUCUGAUUGAAAGGUCACCCGCUGUACGAAGGUCCCGGGUUUGUUCCCAGGCCAGCUCAAGAUCUUUUUCAUAUUGACUUGGGUCUUGGAUGUAUGAUGUUAAAAAUAUCAAGUUGGUAUCCCAUAACACAAGUCUCGAAAUUACUAUAUGUUUUGUGUCUAUGUAUUUCUAUGGUUUAUAUUUAUAUACGUGAUACCUUGAGCAAUAAAGGCAGCAAUUUUAUAUGGUUUUGUGAUAAAUAAGGAAUAUUUAUUAUACGUUCCAAGAAAUGUGGUGCACCAUCAAAUUUAAUAAAAUGCUAUAUGAAGACACAGCUGUGUACCCAAGUUAGUGUAUUUUGGGCCAAUUAAUGUAGCCAAUCGACGUAUAUUACUUAGAUCUUUAUGGCAGACACUAGUUGAUGUCCGCGGCUCCGCCUGCGGGAAAAUAGUCUACGUCAAACAACUUUUUGGAAAGUUUAUGGUGUGGAGAUUUCCCUAUGCAUGAAUACGUGCUUCAGAUUUUUCUGAAAAUUAACCCUCAACCUCUUUAUAAGGGGGGUGAAAGAUUGUAUGGGACUUAAUACAAUUUUCAAGAUAAAAAGCUGAAAAUUGGCACACUUACUGUUUGUAGUAAAUAACAGUAAAAGUAAAUAAAAAAAUGUUUAAUUUACGUUUGUGGUUAAUAAAAAACCGGGACGUAAAACGUCAUGGAAAAUGGGACGGCACGCGUUGCAGUAAGAAACAGGACGGGACACAAUGCAAAAAACAUGAUGGCACAAUAUGUACGAAACGGUACGGGAUAUCUACUUUACAUUACAUAGCAGGAAGCGGGAUUGGACAAGUUUACGGGACGUGACACGCAGCGGGAAAUAGAAAACUGAACUAAAGAUGAGAAAAAAUGCGAAUUUGAAUCAUAUCAUUUAAUAUCUGUAAGACUGGUAAACAUAUUACCAGUCUUACAGAGUACGCGAUAAAAAAAUUACUGAGAUUUUGCUAUGAAACUCACGCGGGCGAAACCGCGGGCAAAAGCUAGUUUAUAAAUAUUUGUAUAGAAAUUUGUAAAGAAUUCGCCUAGUCGGAUUCGACGUACAUCGCUGGUUUUUCCUUUCGUAUUAGUAGCCUGCAUAUGUCGAUUCGCGUCUGAAUAGAGGCUAUGAAAGGAUUGCACAAAAAGGAGUGUUGUUUUUAUGGUUUUGUAUAUGUUUAUUUAUUCCGACAUUCCUAAACACCCUGAUAGAUGUAUGCGUGAGUCUUCCUUAUAUUCUUUUACGUAUUUUUUUCGUUUUCUUUAUUUACUUGUGUCUAGCAGAAAAAUAAGCAUAUAGGUAUACGUCUGUUGGUCGCAAUGUUAGGCCAAUGUGUAAAUACAGAAUUAUAUUCAUUUGUAUACAUGAUAUAAUAUAAUACAAUAAACUAUACGAUAUAAGUUUGUAAUAGGCAGAAUAUUCGGCCUAGUAGUGAUAAUUCUUCGUAGUUUUGAAGGCAUAAGGUUUGCACUACUUAAUUGUACUUAAUAAAUUUCUGUUAAAAUAUUAUGUAAAAAAACCAGUUAAUUUAAUUUUGUGUAUUUAUUUAUUGUAAUACUUAUUUGCACCUUGUAGCUACUAAAGUAAGAUUUAAUAAACUGCUCAAAUUCAAGUCCUUCGGUCUAAAACAUGUACUUAUACACUCAAAGUAUGAAUUACACUUAGUUUUCGUUAGACAACCUGUAUAGCAAAAAAAUAUUUGUAAAAUACACUAGUUAUACCGCGCAGAACUAGAAAGUUAUCAUAACAUCAUGUCUAAUGCCGGCUCCACACUGUCGUCGAACAGUUCGCCAAACUUUGGCAGAUUCAGUAUACAUUGCUAGUUUUUCAUUGUGGUAAAUAAAAGCAAUAUACUACACAAUGUUUACCCUUUAAUGUCGGCAUUCGACGAUAGUGUGGAGCCGGCAUAACUAUACCUAUUGUAUUUUGUGUCUCAAUUUUAUGCUAUUCCACAAGUCCUUAGUUUAGCUCUCAAAUACUAUAGGAGUUUUUGUAUAUUUUUUUAGAUAAUUACUUUGGUCAAAUUAUCUUAAUGGAAGUAUGUACUCGAAUAUAAUAAGUAUUGUUUAAUAAAAGUCAAAGAGAUGACAAUAUUUAUCAUUUCAAUGGUCAUAGUCACUUGGAUCAGCUAUAGUUUUAAAUAAGACGCUUUUACAUAGAACAACGAUUGUAUUAAAAAUUAUUAUUGAUAUAAAUUAUAGUUUAAUAUCUUUAAUGCGACAACUUUACAGUGUCGUCCAUAUCGUAUUUAUGAUUGAAAUUUUCUGUCUGGCAUUUCAAUAAUAUCAUAAUUACUGAAUCUAGAUACCUACUAUCGGGGUUUUUAUAUAUUUUUAUAGAUUAAAUUAUGAAUAGGCGUAAAUGCUUAGUUUUAUCUAAAAAUAUCAAUUUAUUUAUCAUGAUACCAAAUAUUUAUAAAUUAUACUCCAUUAGAACAAAUGUAUUGUAGAUUAAUUUACUUGGCAAUAUGAUAUAUUUUAUACUGUAAUAUCUAUAUUAGGAAACUAUGUGAUGACUCUUAGAUUUCUAUUUCAAUAAUCGUGUAAAUACGGAUGUAAUUUUACAAUAUGCGAAUAAAGAUCCUGAUUUAGA